AGCCGCGCACAGAGCGUGAAACAAAGCAGUCGGAUCGGAAUUGGACUUGGGAAGCGCGGUGUGGAGUCAGGCAUAAAACUUGUUGGAGGGGAGUAACAAGCCUGCUCCUCUAGCCCCUCGUCUGCGCUGCGCUUCAGGAGUUCCCACCAGCUUUGCGUUUUAUUUUUAUAUGUUUUUUAUAUAGAGAGAAAUAUAUAUAUUUUUUUCCUCUUAAGAGACAAUUCCUGUUCCAAGAGAAAAUAAGGCAAGAUCAAUGAAGGAGAGAAGAGCCAGCCAGAAAUUAUCUAGUAAAUCUAUCAUGGAUCCUAAUCAGAACGUGAAAUGCAAGAUAGUAGUGGUGGGAGACAGUCAGUGUGGGAAAACUGCGCUGCUGCAUGUCUUCGCCAAAGACUGCUUCCCUGAGAAUUACGUCCCUACAGUGUUUGAGAAUUACACGGCCAGUUUUGAAAUCGACACACAAAGAAUAGAAUUGAGCCUGUGGGACACUUCGGGUUCUCCUUACUAUGACAACGUUCGGCCUCUCUCUUACCCAGAUUCAGAUGCCGUGCUGAUUUGCUUUGACAUCAGUAGACCAGAGACUCUGGACAGUGUGCUAAAAAAGUGGAAAGGUGAAAUCCAGGAGUUUUGCCCCAACACCAAAAUGCUGCUGGUUGGCUGCAAAUCUGACCUUCGGACAGAUGUUAGUACAUUAGUAGAGCUCUCAAAUCACAGACAGACACCAGUGUCAUAUGAUCAGGGGGCAAAUAUGGCCAAACAGAUUGGAGCAGCCACUUACAUUGAAUGCUCAGCUUUACAGUCAGAAAAUAGUGUCAGAGACAUUUUUCACGUUGCCACCUUGGCAUGUGUAAACAAGACAAAUAAAAACGUUAAGCGGAACAAAUCACAGAGGGCCACAAAGCGGAUCUCACACAUGCCCAGCAGACCAGAACUCUCUGCAGUUGCUACGGACUUACGAAAAGACAAAGCGAAGAGUUGCACUGUGAUGUGAAUCUCUGUCUUUAAUGAGGACAAGGAAGUCUAGUGUAAAAAACACAAACAACAAAACAGAAAGGUGAAGUCUGAAUGAAGCGCACAGCCAAAGUCACGUAUUCUGGAGGCUUAGGAGGUGUUUGGAAAGAUGCUCAUCUUUUUGGAAUCCUGUCCUUAGGUUCGGCAUGUAGAACAGGCAGUUCAGUGAAUACGUUGAAGAGUGUUGAAGUGUGACUUGAAAAAUAUGCCAAAAAAGAGAGAUUCAAAUGGGCUAGAAGUAGAUAAAGAGGAACGAGAGGACCUCCAAGAAGAAGAAUCACGUUCUGAAUGGUGCUUGCGUUUUUGUUUUCUUUGUUACAAUCUCUUCAUGGAUCUCUACUUUGAUUUAAUUUUUAAAUGUUUUAAUCUCCUUUACAAAAAGUAUAUAUUAAUAUACCGUCCUCACUGGGGAACUGGCACUGUGACCUUAGCGUUUAGUUUUCUAGAGGAUGUGAUCUAAUUUCCUCCUAGCUCAUCAUUAAAAUGGAAAUUGUAUCAGGACCCAUGGGAUAUCCAGAGGAAAAGUUUGUAAGGCUUUGAAAUCUUGCCUUCCUGAAGAUAGCUGAGCGAGAUGGUUCUAAAGAAAGGCUUUUGGAGUCUUGCAAGAUAUGCAGACCAGCACUACAAAGAUCAAAUAGAUCAAAUAGAAAAAAGGUGUCCGUUUUUAUGCAGUCUGAUGGUUCUGUUCAUCAUUGUGAUUGUCAUUAAAAAGUGGUAAAUUGCUCAAUGUAAUAUUUUUGUGCGCUGUUUAGAAAAGAGGGUGUGUGAUUUCUUUUGCCAUCAUUGAUGAAAGUGCAAAGUCAAAUGAGAGGUGUCUUGGUUUGACGUCAUAAAAUGAUCCAAGGGGGGAAAAUAUCUAAAAUGUAGGUACUCUUUUCACCUGAAGAGAUAAUGAAGGAAUAGUAGCAGAAAGCACAGUUUGUGAGUAAAGCUGUCUGGAAUUAAGUUACCAAAAGUACAAAGCAAAAGGCCUAUUAUUUUGGGAUGAAGCUCCAAAGUUGACAGCAUCUGAUAACUCUUGGUUUAUUUCACUUUCUUUAAAAGAACAUCUCUAAGAGAAGGACCUUCUUACCUAAGCUUUAGAGAAUCCUUAGAAGAAAAGUGUGAUGUCAGUCCUGACACUACACUAGGGCAAUUCCAUAGAGCGAUUGCUUACCCAGAUUCCUCACUUAACCAGAUUCAGCCAAGGCCGGUGUUCAAUACUUGAUUGCUGUUGUUAACGUAAAAUAAUCAGCAUUUAAAAUAGUUUACAGAUAUUUUUUGACCAGUUCCUUUUAGAACUUCUUUCAGAGGAGAAACCAGAUCUGACCUGUUUAUUGUUGGCGCUUGUUGAAAACGAGCUUUCUUUCCAGUGAUAAAGCUUCAUUUUUGAAGUGUUGAAGCUGUGCUCCCAUUAAAUUGUAGCAGAAGAGGAGAUUAAGGUAAUUACAACAUUCAGUCCUUUGUCUUACAAGCACUUUGUUUUGUCUCUGCAAGAAAAUACCAUUCCAGUCAUUUCCCACGAAAUACAGACGUUUUACCAACAUAAUAUGCUUUGAUUGAUGCAGCGUUAUGCUUUGGGCAGUAUUACAAAAUAGCUGGCAAGUGCUUUCUGUAUUUAAAUAUUGUAAAAAGAAAAUAAGUUAUAACUGUUAUAAAGCAGAACUUGCGUUGCAUUUUUUUAAAUGUUGAAGUCACUUUGUAUGUUUGUUUGGUCAAUGUUUCCGCAGUAUUUAUUAAAACAUACUUUUGUUUUUCUUUCAAAUAAAAAAGUAACCAUGUCUUUGUCUAAA